UAACGUAAGGCAAACGUCGGUGGCAAGUACGGACAAUCUCUCCCUCCCACUUGCCACCACACUCUAACCAACCAUAUUCUCUCUCUCAUCAUCACACAUUCGCUCUCUCUUUCUUCAAUCGCACAAAUCCAGAUUCUUCUCUCUAGUUUACACCUCACACUUCCUGUUCUUACUUGCUCAAUCGCAGAUCGAAACAAAGGUGCUUAGUUCCAAUAAGCCCUUGUCCAAAGCUACUUGCAUCUGCAUGGUUUAUUAAAUAAUAUAUAAACAGCAGUUAAUUUUGUACCUACUGGAAAGCUGUUUUAUUUGUCUGUUAUGCUUCAAUAACCUUAUUUCUACAAGCAUGCUCACAGCAUUAUCAUGAGUUGUAGGAUGCAUGAUCAGCACAGCAAUGGACAUUCUCCUUACAGUUUGUAAAGGGCCAUUGCUAUUCUACUUUCUAUUGGUUUGCUGUCUGGUUAACAAACUCCAAUGUCUUACUAGUGAUGGUGAAGCUCUUGUUAAUUUCCGAACAAAUAUUAUUAGUUCAGACGGUCUUCUUCGUCAAUGGAGGCCAGAGGAUCCAGAUCCAUGUGGAUGGAAAGGGGUAACAUGUGAUUUGAAAACCAAACGAGUUGUAUAUCUGAAUCUUUCAAAUCACAAAUUGAGUGGACCUGUAUCACCAGAUAUUGGAAAGCUAGAUCGUUUAAGAUUUUUAGAUCUUCAUUACAACAACUUCUAUGGGGCAAUUCCUCCAGAAUUAGGAAAUUGUACAGAGCUGCAAGGGUUAUUUUUGCAGAAUAAUUAUUUAAGUGGAUUUAUUCCUACCGAAAUAGGAAACCUUUCGAAGCUUCAAACGUUGGACGUCUCUAGUAAUUCUCUUAGUGGAAGUAUACCCGCAUCACUUGGGAAUUUGAGGAGCCUUUCAAUUUUCAAUGUCUCCAACAAUUUUCUGGCUGGCCCAAUUCCAUCUAAUGGUGCUCUUGAUCAGUUUGGAACCAACUCUUUUCUUGGAAACCGUGGCCUAUGUGGGACCCAUAUCAACCAGUCAUGCAAAAACGAUGGAGGUUCAACUGGCUCACAUCCUACAGGAAGUCAGAGUGUGAAGAAGAAUUCUGGGCGGUUACUUAUUAGUGCUUCUGCUACCGUUGGUGCAUUGCUUCUGGUUGCACUUAUGUGUUUCUGGGGUUGCUUUCUUUACAAGAGACUCGGUAAAAAUGAAGUCAAAGGUCUUGCAAUGGAUGUGGGUGAAGGUGCAUCGAUUGUUAUGUUUCAUGGAGACUUGCCAUAUUCCUCAAAAGAUAUUAUAACAAAGUUGGAAACUUUAAACGAAGAACACGUGAUCGGUGCUGGUGGAUUUGGAACAGUAUACAAACUGGCAAUGGAUGAUGGAAAUGUAUUUGCUUUGAAAAGAAUAGUGAAAUUAAACGAGGGAUUUGAUCGUUUCUUUGAAAGGGAGCUUGAAAUUCUCGGAAGCAUUAAGCACAGAUAUUUAGUAAAUUUAAGAGGAUACUGCAAUUCUCCAACGUCAAAGUUGUUAAUCUAUGAUUACUUAUCGGGCGGCAGUCUAGAUGAAGCUCUUCAUGAAAAAGCCGAGCUAUUAGAUUGGGAUGCUCGACUUAACAUAAUAAUGGGAGCUGCAAAAGGGUUGGCGUAUUUGCAUCAUGAUUGUUCUCCUAGAAUCAUACACCGAGAUAUUAAAUCAAGUAACAUUUUACUUGAUGGAAAUUUUGAGGCGCGGGUUUCAGACUUUGGACUUGCAAAAUUGUUAGGGGACGAGGAAUCGCACAUUACUACCAUUGUUGCUGGAACUUUUGGAUACCUGGCGCCAGAGUAUAUGCAGAGUGGUAGAGCAACAGAGAAGACGGAUAUUUAUAGUUUUGGAGUGCUUGUGCUUGAAGUGAUAAGCGGGAAGAGGCCCACCGAUGCGUCAUUUAUUGAGAAGGGCCUAAAUAUUGUUGGCUGGUUAAAUCAUCUAAUAACAGAAGAUAGGCAACGUGAGAUCAUUGACACGAACUGCGAGGGAGUCGAGUCAGAAACCCUAGAUGCUCUGCUAUCGGUUGCAAUUCAAUGUGUAUCUUCAUCCCCAGAAGAUCGACCCACCAUGCACCGAGUUGUUCAAACACUUGAAUCAGAGGUCAUGACACCAUGCCCGAGUGAUUUCUACGAUUCCAGUUCUGAUUAACAUAUCAUGCCACUCACUACACUACUUGUUGCAUAAUGGAGAAUCUUGGCAAGAACAAGGUAUAUUCUUUGAGCGGAUGGACAGUAAGAAAUAAAAUUCUUGCCUUUUACAUCUUUGCACAAUCUAUUGGAAGUCUCUUCUUCUACAAGGGUUUCUUUAUGCUCAAAUUUCUUGCCCCUGUGAUUAUUAUAUUUUUUUUGGCUUGUCUUAUUUGAAACGGGUGGGUCGUUCUUGUUGCACCGUUUUGUCACCCAAGUGUAUAUUGAUGCUAGAUUAACCUAUUUUAUGUCUUGUUCAUGCCAUUUUCUGUAUCAUAUGUUUCUUCUAAUUGACAUUGAGAUUUUUUUUCGGUUUACGUAUAAUGUUAUAUGGUAUGUAGUUAUUAUCUGUGA